AUGCGUCCAUUAACGUUCGCGUCCGAUCGUUCUCCGACGGCUGCGAGACAUGCUUCCAAAGCAUGGCCAUGGCUCUCUCGCCGCUUCGGCGCUGUCCGACCUGCUAUAUGUGUCCUUCGCAUCGAAAGGGGAGGUGAUCCAUCUUCACUCCCCACCACGAUCGAACCCGAUCCCCGGCACCGACCUGCUGAGCAGCACCAGCCAGCUUCUCUGGUUCAGGCCUAUCACAAGCAGGCUCGAGAGAAGCAUCCGGACAAGGGUGGAGACCCCGAUGAGUUCAAGGAAGUGAAUCGAGCCUUCGAGGUGCUGAGCGAUGACGAGAAGCGGCGGAGAUAUGAUCACACCGGCGAGGAAGGGCUGGAGCACGUGGCCUGGGUGGCAUUCGGUCUCACCGCGUGGUCCGGACUCUUGGUUAACCAACGACUUAUUGGUUCAAAGCACGACCGAUGCGGCGCUCCAACGCUGCUCUCCGAUUUGCUCUCCGCCCAGGAGGAUGCGGGACAGGUGACCUUGGAAGAGCUCUACACGGGGAUCACUCGCCAGCUGCCCAUCCUGCGGAAGGUGGUGGAUGAGUCGGGCCAGUCCUGCCGAUGUGACGUUUGCGAUGGUAAGGGCGUAGCCUUGCAGGUCGUGCGGAUGGGCCCCUUCGCGCAGAAGGUGCAGCAGACCUGCGAGAAGUGCCAAGGCACUGGGCAAGCCCUUAAAAUGCGGAGCCAACGCGAGGUGUUGGAGGUCUUUGUGGAAAAGGGUUCGCCCAAUGGCCACAAGAUCAUCCUCCACGGCAAGGCCGAUGAAGCGCCCGGCUGCGAGCCGGGUGACUUGGUCGUGGUGGUGCGCGAGCAGGCAGUGGAUUUGCCUGAUAAGUGGAGGGGAGUGAAGAAGAUGGCGAAGUGGUGA